AUGAAUACAAUCAAAUCUUUCUGGCUCGGAUGGGGCUCUCUCUGCGUUGCUGGCGUCGGAGCCUACAUCUUUGCGAAGAAAGAGAUCAACGCAGACCGCCAAGCCAAGCUUGAGGCCUAUCGCAGAAAGCAGGAUGCGAUCCGGGAUUUGGAACACAGCGAAGGCGCCGGGUCGGCGGGCAAUCGGGGGGCAGCAGCGAACUACAAUGGAUGGUCGCCAAGCCAGGAGGCCAGCAACGAUCCGGCCCCGACGAGACAUGAGCCCACGACAGAACAGCAACGGGUGAGCGAGAAGGGGAAACACGAGACAGACAGGGUGUACAGAAGUCCGAAAGGAGACCGGUUUUCGUGA